AUGGCCGCACACGAUAGCUGCGCCAGCCCGGACACCCGUGGGCCGUGUUGGAAGAUGAACUCGUUGAACAUAAUUUCGUCCCGAGUCAUUGGCCAAUCCUCCCAUUCAAACCGUAACCGUCAGAGAUCACGUUCGCAAGGAGAUAUCCCACCAGUAACUGCACCGGCGGAUCUCUCUAAACUCCGGUCUUACAGCAGCCACGACUUCCAUUCGGCAGACGUUUUUGAGAAAAGUAGUGACGAUGGGUCUGGGUUAACACAUGAAGAGGACCAGUUUGGUCUUACGUUCGAUGAGAAAUCACCACUGAUACGAGGGCUUCAAAAAGACGGUUCAUUCGCUACCAAAAGUACACUAGGUCUCGUUGCACAGCGGUUUUUCGACGCAGUUGCCGAAGCAAUCAAGUUCAUCUUGUCUACUUUGGCCACACCCGGUAUAUUUGCAAUCCAAUGCUUUCGUGAGGAUGACGGGCGUUAUUCCCCCAUAGCUCCUGCGAGGAAGUUGGGGCGAUUUCUGUUCGGUUCCUCUAGCAGUAGCGCAAACACGUCGACGAAAGACGUCAAACGGACGGAAAGUAGACGACGGCAGGGCUCCACGCGAAAAUUGAAAAGUCACAGGUCACGAGAUUCUAUUGCCUCGAGUGCUUCUGAAUCCGAGGGUGAUCGGAAGGCCCUCAAGGGUUCUCCAAGUAACAAAAAUCGAUCUCCGAAAGCCAAAUCGUUAAAGUCGGAUCAGAUGUCGGAUGAGAGCACUCCUCGUCGCUCCAUACGGAUCAAGCUCCAUAACGAAGAAGCUCUAAAACGGCAAAGGCAGCGCCGGUCACAGAGUGUGGACCUCGAUCAGUCGUCAGAAACCGGGACCGUAAAUCCAGAUAGCUUGAAAUCGCCAACGUCUUCAUCUAUCCACAAGGUUACAAGGUACCCUCAUUCGCCCGUGCCUCCUCGGCCGCUGAUCCCACCCCGUUUACCCUCCUACACUGCCACUUCGCGCGCACAUAGGGCUCCUCAAAAGACCUUGAUCCUUGAUUUGGAUGAAACCCUCAUCCACUCACUGGCCAAAGGCGGACGCAUGUCCAGCGGCCACAUGGUUGAGGUUAAAUUGGCCGCGCCAAUGACGACUGCUCUCAGCCCGGGAGCACCGCCGACGACGUUAGGACCACAACACCCCAUCCUGUAUUAUGUGCACAAACGACCCCACUGUGAUGAAUUUCUGCGCAAGAUCUGUAAAUGGUAUAAGCUGGUUAUCUUCACUGCCAGUGUUCAAGAAUACGCCGACCCCGUGAUCGACUGGCUGGAGCAAGAGCGAAAGUAUUUCCAUGCGCGGUAUUACCGCCAGCAUUGUACUUUCCGUAAUGGUGCCUAUAUCAAGGACCUUAGCUCGGUAGAGCCUGACUUGAGCAAAGUGAUGAUCUUGGACAACAGUCCUAUGAGUUAUAUUUUUCACGAAGAUAAUGCGAUUCCCAUUGAGGGCUGGAUCAACGACCCAACGGAUAACGGCCUCCUCCAUCUCGUUCCUCUGCUAGAAGCUUUGCAAUAUGUGACCGACGUACGUGCCUUUUUGGCGUUACGUAGAGGGGAAACAGAAGCAUAG